AUUUUUAACUGACAUACUUUAGUAAAGAAAGCAAAGAGCGGCACAACUAGAUUCCACCUUUCACACAGUCCACAUAUAUUUUCAUUAUUAUUAUCAGGCAGCUUCUUAAUUUUAAAUAUAAACAUCUAUGAGAAGAUAGAAUUGCCCAUAAUUGUGGGCUGUAUCCUUUAUAUAGAAGGAGUAGCCUUGUUAAGAAGGAAAGGUGUACAUAGAAACAGACUCCAUAUCCUUCAUCUCUUUGGUUCAGAAGCCUACAAACUCGACAUGGGUGAAGACCUUAACCAGAUGUUUCAUGGGAUGCGACCUUGUGAUCAAGAUGAUGAUGAGCUACGGGAAUCUUCCUCCUUCUUUGGCCACUCCGACGACGAAGAUUUUGGGGAGGACGCAGCUUCCUCUCCAAACUCUCCCCCGCCGUUGGACAAAACAACCUCCUUGCCCCCACGAUUCGAUGCAAAUGAGUCUCUCUACGAUUUAUCCUCCCUCACGGCGCACCUUCCUAUCAAGAGAGGGCUAUCCAAGUACUAUCAAGGGAAGUCCCAGUCCUUCACCUCCCUGUCCGAUGUGAGAUGCCUUGAGGAUCUGCCUAAGAAAGAGACUCCCUUGAGAAGGAAGAUGAAGUCAUGCAGGAGCUAUGCAGGAGGGCUAGAUGGAAGCCCAAAAUCUAACCAAGCACCGCCAACUUCAAGCAAGACCAUAUCAAAGAAGGCAGCAAGAGGUUAUUGGGCUUCUUCGAUUUCAAGUAGCGGCAGCAAACCACCAUCUAUUCCUGUACAAAAGAAUUUAUGUCUUCACUAAAUUACAUGACAAAUAAAAAAGCCUGAACAGCUCCACUAGUAGCAUAUAUUUAGAUGUUAGAGAGAUAAGUGGGAAGAGCAUGUGUCGAGUUUCUUUGUUCUGCGAUCAUCUUAUUAAAGCGUUCUUCUUUUUUGGGUGCCAAAAAUUUAUGGUGGAAGCUUUCAAUUAAGAUUUAAGAGUUUUUUUUUUGUAAGCGUUUCCUUCUGUAAAAUUAGUCUAAAAUUCUUCUUCGUUCUCUGCAACUCCAAAUUUCAAUUGGUGUCGUAAUAGUCUUGCUCA